AUGGGUUGCAAUCAUUCCAAAGACCCAUAUGACAAGCACACUGUAGAGAACCAAAAACUUUCCCAAUACGAAAAGAAGCUUGGACUCAACAAAUAUUCAAUUUCCAGCUACGAAAUUGCUAUCAGAAGAAUUUCCAAUGCAGUCAAUCUUCCAGAGAUCGUAAUUUCUCAAUUUCAGCAUUCUCUUGAUCUGCAGCUUAAGCGUGAAUAUAAAGAAGCCUUAUCGUCAUUUCUUUCAACCUCCCCAACAACCAGCAUAGCAAAAUUGUUAGUCUCAGCAAUUCUAUUUGGAAAAGGCACUGACCGUGAAAAAGGGGAAGCCCUUUGGUUUGCCUUCGACAAAGACGCCUCAGAAGUUCUCCCUCUUGCCUCUAUCAAAGAUAUGGUAAAGACAAUCCUGCAGUGUUCGUUUAUAGUUACUUUAGAUUCUGCGAUAAAAGUUGAGUUUUACAAUACAAAUCGAUUGACAACCUGGAAAAGCAAACUUCUAGAGAGAAUGUCCAGCUUAGAGGUCAAGCUUGCUAAAUCCCUCUUUAGUCAUGCAAAAAUAUUGGAAAUCCUACUCUUUUAAUUAAUUAUCCCAUUUAAGCGUCCAUGUUCAUAAGUAAUAAGAUUAUAAUGAAGUUCUAUUAAACUUUAAAUAAAUACAAAUGGAAGAGUAAAUAUUUUCUACAAGAACAGCCAACAGUCUCCAAAGCCGAUUUUUUAGAAAAAAUGAAAAAACCUGAUGGAUUUAUCACGAAUCCGGAAUAUAUUAGAAGCAUGCUUGAGCACACCCAGGUGAUCCCUGACAAGUUUGCUAACCCUUUUAAGGCGAUGAAAAUUACAAAACUUUAA